AUGAGUAAUUCAAAUUUAACAAGCGAUACAAACAGUCCUAUGAAAGAGAGUUUUUGGAGAUUUUCAUCUAGAAAGGUACAUUGUUUAUACAUAUUUUUAAAAGAUUACAUAAAGAAUACUGAAUGUAGUCCAGGAACUGCCAAACCGAUUAAUAACCACCUUCCACAUAAAUUUGAAAAGUUUAAUGGUUUUAUACCGAAAUCAAAAAGAGAAAAUGAUCAAUCAGCAAUAUUUAAUCAUAAUCAAUAUGUUUCACCUAAAAUAGUACAAUCAGAUAGUACAAGUGUAGUUGUAGAUUUUAAUAGUAAUAAUAGUAAUAGUAAUAAUAAUAGCAAUAAUAAUAUAAAUUCAACACCAGAUUCAAAUUCACCAAAAUCAUUUUCAUCAUCAUCACUCACACCCAACAAUAAGAAUCAUCUAUCACUUUCAUCUUCAUCCAUUAAUUCACUAGGUUCAAGUGGUGGUGGAAUAGAUAACAAUAACAAUAAUAAUAAUAAUAAUAGAUCAAAUGUUUACGAUGAAAAGAGUACGAAAUUGAAACGAUUCGAAAAAUUGCUUUGUGCUGGAAACGUCGAUUUGGAAGCACUAAAGAAACUGGCGUGGCGUGGAAUCAGAGAAGCGAACCGAACCCGACAAGAAGACACUCAAGCAGAUCCAGAUGGACGUGCCGCGCACCAAUCCGUCGGUUCCGCUCUUCCAGCAGCCGUUGAUCCAAGAGAUACUGGAGCGCAUUUUAUAUAUUUGGGGAAUACGUCAUCCCUCGACUGGCUACGUGCAGGGAAUCAACGAUUUGGCGACGCCAUUCAUCUAUGUUUUUCUUUCAGAGUUUGUGGAGGACAUUGA